AUGACCGCUGUCAGCGCCGAGCUCACAUGCCCCAUGGCUGCCAAAGCUAGAAGUGCCGGGGGCUGCUGGACAUGCCGCCUUCGAAGGAAGAAAUGCGACGAGGGCCACCCGAUCUGCGGCAUUUGCGCCGGCCUCGAAAUCGAAUGCCUGUACAGCGACACUAAGCCAGAUUGGAUGGACGGCGCUGAGAAACAGAAGGAAAAGGCCGGCCAUGUUAAGGCCCAAGUCAAGGCCCAGGCCAAGCACCAUGCCCGUGUCCGCGGGGAGAAACAUACUCUCCAAACCCAAGAGAGCCAGGGGGACCACGCCGCCAGCGACGACGCAGUCGCCACUCCACCAUCCACCGGUGGCCCGGCGUCAUCGUCGGGCGCAUCUACUUCCAACGGGACGCCGUAUGGCUCUGGAACUGACUCGUGGAUGCCAGACACGGCGAUGACCGGCCUAACUCCCGACUCGCUCUUCGGUCUGACUCUCGGAGCCAAUUCUUUCGCGGCGAUGGGCACAUCAACCUCAUCAACCGCAAGCAUGCCGAACGAGUCUGAGUUCAGUCUCAUCAUGCUCUACCUGGAUUACCUUUUCCCCUUUCUGAAUCCCUUCUAUACCCCGCGUCUUCUUGACGGCGGGAGGGGUUGGCUUCUGGUGGUGCUCAUGCGCAACAAAGCCCUCUUCCACACCGCGCUGAGUCUGGCGACUUAUGUAUUCUCGGUCGCUCUCUACCACGACGAGGGGUCGCCCCAGCAAUGCAAGAACCACAGCAGCGAAGAGCUUCCAAAACAGCAAGAGCUGUCGAUGAGGGAGCUCCAGGCAGACAUACAAGAGCUCAACAGGCGGGGCGUUAAGGGGUACAUGAAGGAAAGCACCCAGGUCAUGAGCAGCAUUGUUCAGCUACUGUUAUUUGAAGUGGCCGUUGGCAACACCGGAAACUGGCAGAUCCAUCUAGACGCCUCUUCGGCCUUGUUCGAACAGAUAAUGGAACACCAUGGCAGCACCGAGGACGGCUUCCCUUGCUGGCAUCUACUCCUCAUUCAUCUGGGAAACGGGGCUACAACGCGCACCUUGUUGACUCAGAAUAUUCCCUGGAACGCAGACCAGGCCUCACUACGCUAUUUCACCGCUAGCAUCCUCUUCUUCGAUGUCCUCUCCGCCACGGCGCUGGAACAACCUCCCCGCUUGCAGAAAUACCACCAACACCUCCUCACCACUCCGGAGCACAGUUGUGUGGAGGACGACACCCACCUACCGUCACACCCCCACCUAGACAUGGCCGAGUUCUUCGGCCUUGAAAACUGGAUUAUCCUCUCCAUCAGCUCCAUCGCCGUCCUAGACGCCUGGAAGAAGGACAUGAUGCGAUCCAACUCCCUGUCCAUGGCACAGCUCGUCACCCGCGCCUCCUCCAUAGAGCUUGGCCUGCGCUCCCGCAUCCCGACCCUUGAUCAGUCGCCCAGCCGCCCGCCCCCCGACGCCCUCGACCCGCUCUUGGAGUCCUGCCGCCGGCGCCUGGCCGCCACCGCGGCCGCCAGCACCAGGGCUGCGACGGCGCGCGUCUGGGCCUACGCCGCCCUGACCUACCUCGCCGUCGUCGUCAACGGCUGGCAGCCGCGCGGGGCCGAGAUCCGCGAGUCGGUCGCCCUCACCUUGUCCACGCUGAGGGACCUGCCCUCGCCGGCGAGCCUGCGGACCGUGGUCUGGCCGCUCUGCGUCACAGGAUGCGUCGCGGGCGAGGAGGAGCGCGACUCCAUACGUGAAAUGGUCGCCGCCAUGGGCCCCGUGAAGGCGUUUGGGACCAUGACGGAGGCGAUGGCGAUCAUGGAAGCGCUGUGGGCGGAUGGGGGCGGGAUGGGGGACGGGGCGGGUGGCUGGGAUGUCGCGGCUUGCCUGAGAAGUCUGGGGCAUCCUGCGCUGCUUAUAUGA